AUGGCCGAGCAGUGUUGCACACAAGCAGAGGGUAGAACUCCAAAAGCAGGUUUAAUCCUGAGGACAACCAUACCAGUCGAUAUGAACGGAACGAAGCCAGAUCAAGGUAUUCAAAUGGAUAAAAUUGGUGUCUAUCAAACCACAGCAUUCGAUGGUCAAUCGAAUGCAAAACCACAUAAUCCACAAGCUGCGUCCGAAAGAGCCGUUGCUCGUCGUUUUUUUCUGAAUCUGAACGAGACUCUGAAAGCACGAUUACGUAAGAAAAUCACAAGUUGA